AUGAAGCCAGCAGUGGACAAGAUGUUCCUUGAGGGCACGGGGCCUUACGUGGACCUUGAGGAGGCUGGGGGAAGUACAAGUUUGUUGAUGGAUUUAGCUGUCAAUAAAAAUUCAGUACAUGCAGACUUCUUUAAUAAUUUUGAUGAUGACGAUAUCCAGUGA